CCCCCCUGCCAGGACACCCCCCCCCAGGAUCCCCCCCCCCAGCAGCCAUGGACUGGCAGCCGGACGAGCAGGGCCUGCAGCAGGUCCUGCAGCUGCUGAAGGACUCGCAGUCCCCCAACACGGCCACGCAGCGCGUCGUGCAGGACAAGCUGAAGCAGCUGAAUCAAUUCCCCGACUUCAACAACUACCUGAUCUUCGUCCUGACGCGCCUCAAGUCCGAAGAUGAGCCGACACGGUCGCUGAGCGGCCUGAUCCUAAAGAACAACGUCAAGGCGCACUACCAGAGCUUCCCCCAGCCUGUGGCCGAGUUCAUCAAGCAGGAAUGUCUCAACAACAUCGGGGAUGCCUCUUCCCUCAUCCGGGCCACCAUCGGCAUCCUCAUCACCACCAUCGCCUCCAAAGGGGAGCUGCAGAUGUGGCCGGAGCUGCUCCCGCAGCUCUGCAACCUGCUCAAUUCCGAGGAUUACAACACGUGUGAGGGGGCGUUCGGGGCCCUGCAGAAGAUCUGCGAGGAUUCCUCCGAGCUCCUGGACAGUGACGCGCUCAACCGGCCCCUCAACAUCAUGAUCCCCAAGUUCCUCCAGUUCUUUAAGCACUGCAGCCCCAAAAUCAGGUCCCACGCCAUUGCCUGCGUCAACCAGUUCAUCAUGGACCGGGCUCAGGCGCUGAUGGAAAACAUCGACACCUUCAUCGAGCACCUCUUCGCUCUGGCGGUGGACGAGGACCCCGAGGUACGGAAGAACGUUUGCCGCGCGCUGGUGAUGCUGCUGGAGGUCCGCAUCGACCGCCUCAUCCCCCACAUGCACAGCAUCAUCCAGUACAUGCUGCAGCGGACGCAGGACAGCGACGAGAACGUGGCGCUGGAGGCCUGCGAGUUCUGGCUGACGCUGGCCGAGCAGCCCAUCUGCAAGGAGGUGCUGACCUCCCACCUGGUGCAGCUCAUCCCCAUCCUGGUGAACGGCAUGAAGUACUCGGAGAUCGACAUCAUCCUGCUCAAGGGUGACGUGGAGGAGGACGAGGCGAUUCCCGACAGCGAGCAGGACAUCAAGCCCCGCUUCCACAAGUCCCGCACGGUGACGCUGCAACACGAGGAGGAACGGCCGCAGGACCCCGAUGAUACGGAGGACGAGGAUGAUGACGACACGCUCUCGGACUGGAACCUGAGGAAGUGCUCGGCGGCCGCGCUGGACGUCCUGGCCAACGUUUUCCGGGAAGAACUUCUCCCCCACCUGCUCCCGCUGCUGAAGGAGCUCCUCUUCCACCCCGAGUGGGUCAUCAAGGAGUCGGGCAUCCUCGUCCUGGGGGCCAUCGCUGAAGGCUGCAUGCAGGGCAUGGUGCCGUACCUGCCGGAGCUGAUCCCCCACCUCAUCCAAUGCCUGUCGGACAAGAAGGCGCUGGUGCGCUCCAUCGCUUGCUGGACCCUGAGCCGUUACGCCCACUGGGUGGUCAGCCAGCCCCCCGACAUGUACCUCAAACCCCUCAUGACCGAGCUGCUCAAGCGCAUCCUCGACAGCAACAAGCGGGUGCAGGAGGCGGCGUGCAGCGCCUUCGCCACGUUGGAGGAGGAGGCGUGCACGGAGCUGGUGCCGUACCUCAGCUUCAUCCUGGACACCCUGGUCUUUGCCUUCGGCAAGUACCAGCACAAAAACCUGCUGAUCCUCUACGACGCCAUCGGGACCCUCGCCGACUCCGUGGGGCACCACCUCAACCAGCCGGAAUACAUCCAGAAGCUGAUGCCUCCGCUCAUCCAGAAGUGGAACGAGCUGAAGGACGAGGACAAGGACCUCUUCCCGCUGCUGGAGUGCCUGUCCUCGGUGGCCACCGCCCUGCAGAGCGGCUUCCUGCCCUACUGCGAGCCCGUCUACCAGCGCUGCGUCACCCUGGUCCAGAAAACGCUGGCUCAGGCCAUGAUGUACAACCAGCACCCCGAGCAGUACGAAGCCCCUGACAAGGAUUUCAUGAUCGUGGCCCUGGAUCUGCUGAGCGGUUUGGCCGAGGGUCUCGGCUGUCACGUGGAGCAGCUGGUGGCUCGCAGUAACAUCAUGACGCUGCUUUUCCAGUGCAUGCAGGACACCAUGCCCGAGGUGCGGCAGAGUUCCUUCGCCCUCCUGGGCGACCUCACCAAGGCCUGCUUCGUGCAUGUCAAACCCUGCAUCGCUGAAUUCAUGCCCAUCCUGGGCACCAACCUCAACCCCGAGUUCAUCUCUGUCUGCAACAACGCGACCUGGGCCAUCGGGGAGAUCUGUAUGCAGAUGGGGGCGGAAAUGCAACCCUACGUCCAGAUGGUCCUGAACAACCUGGUGGAGAUCAUCAACCGCCCCAACACCCCCAAAACCCUCCUGGAAAACACGGGUAAGGUUGGGGGGGGGGGGCCCACAAUGUGGGGGGAAGCUGUUUGUGGGGGUCCUUUCCCACCAACCCCCGUCCCCCAAAACCUCCUCCCUCUGCCCGCAGCCAUCACCAUCGGGCGCCUGGGUUUCGUCUGCCCGCAGGAGGUGGCCCCCAUGUUGCAGCAAUUCAUCCGGCCAUGGUGCACGUCCCUCCGGAACAUCCGGGAUAACGAGGAGAAGGACUCAGCUUUCCGCGGCAUCUGCGUGAUGAUCGGGGUGAACCCCGGGGGGGUUGUGCAGGACUUCAUCUUCUUCUGCGACGCCGUCGCGUCCUGGGUGAGCCCCAAGGACGACCUGCGGGACAUGUUCUAUAAGAUCCUCCACGGCUUCAAGGACCAGGUGGGCGAGGAGAACUGGCAGCAGUUUUCGGAGCAAUUCCCACCCCUGCUCAAAGACCGGCUGGCAGCGUUUUACGGGGUCUAGGCGAGGCGGAGGCACCGGAACCAGGUCGGCGCCGGGAGCCCGUCGGGACGGCGGCCGUGAGCGGGCGACCCCGCGCCGCGCCCGGGGGGGUUCAGGGUGGGGGAGGGCGGGAGGAGCCGCGUGGGGGGGGCCGGGGCGCAGCGACCCCCCCCCUACACACACACACACACAACCCCCAUCCCCAGCUGCCCCCGAGGUUGGGGGGGGGGGGAGCCCCGAAAUCAGUUUCACCCCUGGGGGGAGAAAGGGGGGGUGGGGGGGGACUGGGAGUGGGGGGGGUCCACGGGAGGGAUGGACCCGCGGUGGGGGCACCCCAAAACCUGGGGAGGGGAGGAAAAAUCGGGGUAAAAGGGUCCAAAAAUGGGGUGGCUUGGGGAGGGGGGUAACACUCCACCCCCCUUUUUUCCGCUGUAGGAUGUUCCCGUGUCCCCCCCCCGCAUGGUGCCCCCCCACCCCGUACCCAUGCGCACGUUUCUGGCGAUAAACCUAUAGGAACAUAUAGAGCAGCCCCGGCCGGGGGGGGGGGCGGGCACGGGGGGGCCCGGGAGGGGGGGGCGGGGGGCCGGGGGGGGGGCCGAGCCGCCGCCGUUGUGCUUCGUCGUGAGCGAGUAGGUGCCACGGUUCUUGUGUUUUUUCCCCGUUUUGUUCCGUUUUUUAC